UCCUUGGAUUCCUUGGAAGAAGGAAAAUGGCGAGAAAGGUGAAAAUUUUCAUGAAUCGCCACCGUAUCUCAUCGAAUUGAGGCGAAUGGGGAAUUUUCUCGUUCAGCCGACCACUUGGAAGAGGCGCCGCACUCAUAAACUGGUCCCAGCCCAUUUCAGCCGUUUGAGUGUGUCGGUGUCGGUCGGCUCAUGCGCUAUUGAGUGGUGAGGGCGAGGGGCCGAGGGCUUGCGACGCUCACUAAAUACAAAACCAGACAAGUCGCUGCACGUCUCAUCUCAUUCGAGACGCGGCUUUCUUCUGUGAUAGACUCGAUCUUUCCGUGGGUCUCACACAAUUUUGCGUCGUGUCUAUUUGCUAGCAAAUUUAGUAGUUGACUUGGCCAAAAUGGAAGGCAAUGAUGCUGAACUGAUGAGGCGAGCCAGGAUUCUGCAGUCGAGAAGAAAUUUGGACACUCUGCAAAACUUGUGCAUCAAGAUGAUUCCUAAGAAGUUGGAAUACUUUUCCACAACCGCUGGCAUCGAUCAGCUCCAGAAAUUGAAAAUGAUUGUGUCGUGUGAUGACCAAAUAGCUGGAGGCCAAACACACCCAAAAAUCAAGAUCCUCUCUCACCUGUUUUCUCAACAGUCUGCUCUUGAUGUCCACAAUUACCAAAAUCAUCACAGCUUUCCCAAAGGCCUUGAUGAAGUUACCAAAGGCCUCAUUUUUGAUGAACUGGAUUUGUUCGACAUGACAAUUUGCACUGCAGCUGCAAAUCACGAAGCUCCAACAAGAAGGGAGAAAACCAAGGAAAUCUUCAAACUUCUGGCCAGCAAAUGCCCUGCAAAGAUCAAAUUCCUCAACAGUUGUGAAACCUUUCACACUGAGGCUAGAGAAGAGAGCUCAAGGACAGCAGUCAACCCAAUUCUUGUGAUGAUCAUAAAUAUGAGAAGGAAACUUCCUCCACCUGAAAUUCCUAUCGGCAUGAAGAGGCAGCUAAAAUUGAUGGAAAAUCUUCAAUGCCUUCAAAUCCCAGAUUUCAGCUUUACUGAUGGGGACCUGAAAAUUAUUUCCAAACUGAAGCUGCUGCAGACUUUGGGAUUGAUGUUGAAGGAUGUCACUGCUCCUGGCAUUGAGUUUCUAACUGAAAAUCUUCUGCUGUUGAAGAUUUUCGAGUUUUCUGCCAGGGGCUCCAAGCUUCUCGCUGGGGAUGUUGCAGCUUUGCUUUUCAAAGUAAAGCCUUCCUUGAAGGUGGUUGCUUGCAGAGCUGAUCUGCAAUAUUUCGGCGUUGAACUGCCAAUCCCAACUGAUCUGAAAACCCCUAUCGAACUGGAGCACUUCACCACUUCGGAGUACGUGAUGGGAAAUAGAUUGGCGAAGGUGAUGCCAAAUUUGACGCAUUUGAAGCUGCUCUCCCCAAAUGUUCGCAAGAAUGGUCCAAAUUUGAAAGGACUGAAAAAUCUCUCAUCUGUCAUCCUCGACCAAUUUUCUCCAAAGUGCCUGAAAGCUGUCCUCAACUCUGUGGGCUCUCAACUGACUCAACUCAUUCUGACCCAAGAUGGAGUGGUCGAACAGAUAAAAGUUGAUCUUCAUCAGUUCAUCAUGUCAUGCCCUGCUUUGGAGACCCUUGUUCUUUACUUUGACAUCCAUCUAGCUGCCAAACCCUUGUUGACCUCCAAAGGAGCUCCGCAUGCACUUUGCUUGAAGAAACUGGACCUGCACCACCUUCUGAGUGUGCCCGAGCACAUCCUCACUCCUGUUCUCCGAGCCCCGAUGCUGGAAUACGUCUCUCUGACGGAAAUCAUGGUGCCAGAGAGUGACUGCUGCGCUAUCACCAGCCUCGUCAAUGAGAGAAAAAUUCUGCAGAAUUUGAGAUUCCUGGAAAUUGAAGCUGGCGGUGAUGAACUUGGUGAAAUUACCGAUCGAGAAGAUUUUGAAGACUACACUGAAACACUGGCCUUCAUGCUCAAAACCAUCGUAUCCAGCUGCCCCAAAUUGGCACGGGUCAGGUAUGACUACCCUGAAUGGCACAAUGAUGAUGAAAUGACUGAUGAGAGUAUUAAUAGAGAACUGACCCCUUUUAUCAAUUUGGUCAACUCCGACCAAGUUGGUGAGGCUUACUUCACUCCUGUGUAAAUAAAGGUGACCAACACAGAGUAAUUUUUGCCAUCCUUUCGAAAUUUUAUUCCUCGUGAAUUGAAAGGAUAGGAAUUCUAUUUUUUCUGAUAACAGUCUUGACAAUUGCUUAAUAUAUUUUUAUAUUUUACCCCAUAUAGAAAAAAAAAUAAUUUCCCCGAGUAUGUUGUGAAAUCACUAAGGUGAUAAUUUUUCAAAAGUUAUAUUUCUCUCAAUUUGUAUUUGUUUGUAUUUGACACAAUUGUUUGGAAUAAAUAAUCAUUCUUGUCAAUACAAAAUAUUGUUCGAAGGAAUUUAAGUAUACAAACAAAAAGCAUUGCUUGCCGAAAUACUGAAUCUUUAAUCCCUCUCUAAUUAUCUGUCUUGAAUAUUGUAGUUGUUGAGAAGGUAAUAAAUAUUUAAUUUAAUAAG